GGGCGGGGCGCGGGCCGGCGGGCGGGGAGCGCGCCCCGUGUCCGAGCCGCGGGCCGGGCCCUGAGCGCCGCGCGGGCUCGCGCCGCCGCCGCGCCAUGGCGGAGACCAAGAUCAUCUACCACAUGGACGAGGAGGAGACGCCGUACCUGGUCAAGCUGCCCGUGGCCCCCGAGCGCGUCACGCUGGCCGAUUUCAAGAACGUGCUCAGCAACCGGCCGGUGCACGCCUACAAAUUCUUUUUCAAGUCCAUGGAUCAGGACUUCGGGGUGGUGAAAGAGGAGAUCUUGGACGACAACGCCAAGCUGCCCUGCUUCAAUGGUCGCGUGGUCUCCUGGUUGGUCCUAGCUGAGGGUGCUCAUUCAGAUGCAGGGUCCCAGGGAACUGACUGCCACACAGACCUUCCCCCACCCCUCGAGCGCACAGGUGGCAUCGGGGACUCCCGGCCACCCUCCUUCCACCCAAAUGUGGCCAGCAGUCGUGAUGGAAUGGACAAUGAGACUGGCACGGAGUCCAUGGUCAGUCACCGGCGGGAGAGAGCCCGACGGCGAAACCGAGAAGAAGCUGCCCGGGCCAAUGGGCACCCGAGGGGAGACCGGCGUCGGGACCUGGGGCUGCCUCCAGACAGCGCGUCCACAGUGUUGAGCAGCGAGCUAGAAUCCAGCAGCUUCAUUGACUCGGACGAGGAGGACAACACCAGCCGGCUGAGCAGCUCCACGGAGCAGAGCACCUCUUCCCGGCUUAUUAGGAAGCACAAGCGUCGGCGGCGGAAGCAGCGCCUGCGGCAGACGGACCGGGUAGGUGGUGGGCAGCCGGUGGGGGGCGCGGCUCCUGCAGCGGCUCACCAGGUCCCUCCACAGGCCUCCUCCUUCAGCAGCAUCACCGACUCCACCAUGUCCCUGAACAUCAUCACCGUCACGCUCAACAUGGAGCGGCACCACUUCCUGGGCAUCAGCAUCGUGGGCCAGAGCAACGACCGGGGCGACGGGGGCAUCUACAUCGGCUCCAUCAUGAAGGGCGGGGCCGUGGCCGCGGACGGCCGCAUCGAACCCGGCGACAUGCUGCUGCAGGUGAAUGACGUCAACUUCGAGAACAUGAGCAAUGACGACGCUGUGCGGGUGCUGCGGGAGCUCGUGUCCCAGACGGGGCCCAUCAGCCUCACGGUGGCCAAGUGCUGGGACCCGACCCCCCGCAGCUACUUCACCAUCCCGAGGGCUGACCCGGUGCGGCCCAUCGACCCUGCUGCCUGGCUGUCCCACACGGCAGCGCUGACCGGCGCCCUGCCCCGCUACGGUGCGAGCCCCUGCUCCAGCGCUGUCUCCCGCACCAGCUCCUCCUCACUAACCAGUUCUGUGCCCGGCGCCCCGCAGCUGGAGGAGGUGCCCCUGACGGUGAAGAGUGACAUGAGUGCGGUUGUCCGGGUCAUGCAGCUGCCGGACUCGGGGCUGGAGAUCCGGGACCGCAUGUGGCUCAAGAUCACCAUCGCCAACGCCGUCAUUGGGGCGGAUGUGGUGGACUGGCUGUACACCCACGUGGAGGGCUUCAAGGAGCGGCGAGAGGCCAGGAAGUACGCCAGCGGCAUGCUGAAGCACGGCUUCCUGCGGCACACAGUCAAUAAGGUCACCUUCUCUGAGCAGUGCUACUACGUCUUCGGGGACCUGUGCAGCAAUCUCGCAGCCCUGACCCUCAACAGUGGCUCCAGUGGAGCCUCCGAUCAGGACACCCUGGCCCCGCUGCCCCACCCGGCAGCACCCUGGCCCCUGGGUCAGGGCUACCCCUACCAGUACCCAGGGCCCCCGCCCUGCUUUCCGCCUGCCUACCAGGACCCUGGCUUUGGCUACGGCAGUGGCAGUGCUGGCAGCCAGCAGAGUGAAGGGAGCAAAAGCAGCGGGUCCACCCGGAGCAGCCGUCGGGCCCUGGGCCGAGAGGAGGAGCGCCGGGCAGCUGGCGCCAGGGGCAGUGGCAGCGAGUCAGACCACACGGUGCUGAGUGGGUCCGGCGGCACUAGCAGGCGGGAGCGACCGGUCAGCCAGCUCAGCCGGGGCAGCAGCCCCCACAGCCAGCUCUCAGCCGUUGCCCCAGGGCUCCCCCCACUACACCCCCUGACCAAGGCCUAUGCAGUGGUGGGUGGGCCACCUGGUGGGCCACCUGUCCGGGAGCUGGCUGCCGUCCCCCCAGAGUUGACAGGCAGUCGCCAGUCCUUCCAGAAGGCCAUGGGGAACCCCUGUGAGUUUUUUGUGGACAUCAUGUAACUGGCCGCCUGUGCCUUCAACCCUGCCCAUGGGGGGAACAGUGGCCCCUACAGGAGCUCUGUGGGCCUACGUGGUGGAGGCUGGCCAGGGGUCGUGGGAGCAGGCUGGAGGCGAGGGCCGAGAUCAGCCCCAUCGCUGUGAUCUGGCAUUUCCUGCGGUAGAGCGGCUUGUAUCUGCAGAGCCUGGUGGGGGAGACCAUCUCUGUCCUUGGCCUGAGCCUCAGGGACCCUCUGACCCCCUCCUUGGAGGUGACCUCCCUUGGGGAUGAGGAUGCCCUCUUUGGCUUCAUGUUGCUCCCACUUCCAGAGCCACGUGAAGGUGGGCCUGAAGCCUUCCUCACCCAGUGCACAGGCCUCACCUGUCAGCCCAGGUGGGGACCUCGAGUGGCAGGGUUAGAGCCCCCAGACCCCUCUGGCUGCCCAGAGUGGGGUCUAACUUAUUUAUUUAUUGCCAGCCUGCCCACUCUGGGGGAAUGGCUAGUCAGCUGUCCCCCUCCCUGCCCAGCUGGGGGUGGCUGCGUAUUCCCCUGCCCUCCUGGGACCCAGAGAGGAGGGGAGCACAGGCUGAGCCUGGAAGCGUGUGGUGGAUGGUGGGGGGCAGGUCAGGGGGCACCCUGCGCACCGGGACUCCCUUGGGGCCGUUGUGCCACUGUCUCGGCACGCCCCGCUCUGCUCACUGCGCUGUAGAUACUGUGUCAGUCCCGCGUCUAGUUCAUGUAGAGCUGCUUCUGUGUAAAUGCUAUUUUAAACACUAAAAAGCAUUUAAUUUUAUGGGA